AUGACGAAAGGAUUACCUGUGAUCGAUACCACCAAAGACCUCUCGGCUCUUUUCAUCAAGCAAGUUGCAGUCAGUCCCGAUGCCGUAGCCCUGGAGGAUGGCGACGCUACAUACACUUAUGCCCGGCUGGAUGCCGAGGUAGACGCGCUCGCUGGGCGUCUGCGCGGCUACGGCGUUGGUCGCAACGUGCAGGCCGGGGUACUCCUUCCGCGAUGCGCCCAUUAUGUGAUUGCCUGUCUGGCCAUUCUGCGCGCAGGUGGUGCCUUCCUUGCCCUCGAGUUGGCUUACCCUCCAGACCUUCUCUCCGACGUGAUCGAAGAUGCAAAACCGGCGGUUGUGAUAACGCACUCUACCGAACGAUCCAAGGUUGUUAAACAGGUAUCCGUGAUAUGUCUCGAUCAGCAGCAGCUUUCUACCGAGCUGAACGGCAACGCCAAAGACUCUGGUCCUUUGCCGGCGGAUGACGACUUGGAUCGACUGGCUUUUGUGUCAUACUCAUCAGGAACAACGGGUAAACCCAAGGGAAUCGCAAACCCACAUCGAGCUCCUGUGCUAUCAUAUAACCUGCGGUUCCUCGUACAAGAUGUCAAGCCAGGCGACCGUGUGGCCUGCAAUGUGUUCUUCAUUUGGGAGAUUAUACGCCCAUUGCUACGAGGAGCCACUGUCGUCGUGGUGCCGGACGAAGUCAGCUACGAUCCUGCUGCCCUAGUCGAUUUACUUGCCGCCAAGCGUGUUACGGAGACUCUAAUGACGCCCACUCUUCUUGCGACCGUGCUUGCUUCUAACCCAGAUAUCAAAUCUCGCCUGCCAGAACUGCGUACUCUCUGGUUCAAUGGUGAAGUCGUCACCACAGAUCUCGCUGGACGGUCAAUGAAAGCGCUUCCUCACACACGCCUACUCAACUGCUACAGCGCAUGUGAGACUCACGAGAUUGCUUGUGGCGAUAUUCGCGAAAUGUACGACAAGGAUUCUCUUUACUGUCCUGUAGGACCACCUAUGGACCCCGAGCACACCUAUAUUCUGGAUGAACAAGGUAAAAGAAUUACCACUAACGAAGUCGGAGAGCUCUUCAUUGGCGGAUCCAUGUUGGCUUGGGGAUAUAUCAACCGUCCUGAAACAACGGCAGAAGCCUUCUCCCCUAACCCUUACGACACGACACCAGGUGCUCGCAUGUACAAGACGGGCGACCGAGCGCGUAUUUUACCGUCUGGCGUACUCGAAAUCAGCGGUCGAGUUGGCACAAUGAUUAAGUUGCGCGGCUAUUCGGUUGUACCAGGUAAGGUUGAGAGUGAGAUCUUGAAGCACUUCGCUGCUUGCAAUUGCAGCGUCGUUGCUCAUGGCGAGGGAUUGGAGCGACAAUUGGUUGCGUAUGUGGUCCGCGACCGCGAAGCCUCACAGGAUCGCCCGCCUAUCGCCAUCGAUGAAUUAGGACGGAGUCCGGAAGCACGUCGUGCACUCGCCCCCUAUCUUGCACAUUAUAUGAUUCCAACACUCUGGGUUGAGAUGGAUGCUUUGCCCACCAACGAAGUCUCCGGUAAAGUAGACGUUAAGAGUCUUCCACCGCCGCCAAAUCCUGCUCAAGUCAAUGGUAACCAUAAACGAGAAAUCUCGGAUUCGGUCAGCUUCAAAGAUGUUGCUGCGUUUUGGGCUACGAUUCUCAAGGUACCACAGAGCAGUCUUAAACCAGAGGACAACUUCUUCGAUUUAGGCGGACAGUCUUUGAUGCUCGCGGACUUGUCCUCAAGACUCUCCAAGAAUUACGGGUUUCGAGUACCCAUUGCACGAUUGGCUGAAGUCCCCACUUUAGCUGGUCAUCUCACAGCAGUUCGCGCAGCAAGAGACGGGCACAGUGCGGCGAUCCAGGCAGAGCUUCCUUCCAUCCUACGAAAAGACUCCACGUUAGAAGACGACAUUAGGCCUCACAACGUCAAUCUAUGUCCCAUUGAUAAGGCAGAUACCGUGCUCCUGACGGGAGUAACUGGAUUUCUUGGCGCUUUUCUUCUCAAUGAUCUGAUUGAGAGCACGAAUGCACAAAUCAUCUGUCUGGUGCGUUUCGGCGAACCGACCCUUGAGGGCCAACCGGAAGCUGUUGCCAGAAUACGUAAGAACCUUUUGGACCUAGGGUUGUGGCGCGACUCGAUCAUGGAAAGAGUAGAAAUACUUCCUGGAAAUUUAUCUUUGGAUUGUUUCGGUCUUUCCCACGAAGAAUUCGACGAUCUGGCUUCUCGUGUGCAGGUGAUCGUCCAUGCGGCAGCUACUGUGAACUUAGUAUAUCCAUACGCUGCUCUACAAAAAGCCAACGUUGAAGGGACAAGAGAGAUAAUUCGUCUCGCAUGCAAAAGUGGCGCUACCUUGCAAUAUGUAUCUACGAACGGAGUGUUGCCCCCAUCGGGCAAAGAAGGCUGGUCGGAAGAUACUAUCUUGCCUGUCGAAGAGGUGCCUGAAAAACUUCCAGAUGGUUACGGACAAACAAAGUGGGUAGCUGAACAACUUGUUUUGGAAGCUGGCCGUCGUGGAUUACCGGUGAAAAUCCAUCGAGCGGGAACUAUUAGUGGACACAGCACCACAGGGGCCUCCAAUGCCUGGGAUUUACUGUCUGCAAUAAUUGUGGAGUCAAUUAGACUGGGGUAUGCACCAGACGUGGAUGGUUGGCGAGCUGAAAUGACUCCUGUGGACUUUGUCAGCAAGUCGAUCAUACAUCUUGCCACUCAGAUAGCUCCUCAACAGACUAUAUUUCACUUGGGAGAUCCCGAUCCCAUUACCAUAAGAUCGGUUUUUGAGCAACUCGAGCAAUUGGGCUAUCCAACAAAACCAGUGGGAUGGGAUGAAUGGAUCAAACUGUGGAAUGAGAGGCGGGGUAUUGGAAAAGGUGGGGACGGCGCCUUUACUGUGGAUAUCCUUCGAAGUGGCAUGCCGACCGUCGAUUUUCUAAACGGGAUUGUAGUCUUGAAUAAUAGCAAAACAAGACCCUUCCGAAUUGCAGUCGAGAGACCCAAGGUUGAUACUGCGUUGCUCAGUACCUAUACUCGUCAUUGGUUUGCUAGAGGCUGGUUACCACGAGCUCCCCGAAAAGGUGUCGCUAUGACUAGAAAGUCCGCCAAUAGUUCGCCAUUGUACGGCCGCGUUGCAGUGAUCACUGGCGCAUCAUCUGGCAUUGGAGCUGCUGUUGCUACAGCAUUGGUUGAGCGAGGUUGCCAUGUCGCACUUGGUGCGAGACGUCUGGAAGCUUUGGAGGCUGUGCAGCGCAAAUUCGGUACGUCUGAGGCCAAGAGUAUCAUACGGCCGACGGAUGUAACGGAAAAGAAGCAGGUUGAAGAGCUCGUUCGCGCGGCGACCGACGAGCUUGGACCAGUUGAUAUCCUUGUUUCCUGCGCGGGUGUUAUGUACUUCACCAUGAUGGCGAAUGUGCAGACCGAGGAGUGGGAACGUACCGUUGAUGUGAAUUGCAAGGGUCUAUUGCAUUGUCUAUCAAGUACUGUGCCGGGAAUGCUAUCCCGUGGCAGCGGCCAUAUCAUCGCUAUCUCAUCGGACGCAGGGCGAAAAGUGUUCCCCGGUCUGGGCGUAUACUCUGCCAGCAAAUUCUUCGUUGAGGCAACUUUACAAUCAUUACGCCUUGAAACUGCUGGUAAAGGACUACGCGUUACCAGUGUGCAGCCAGGAAACACUGCCACCGACCUACUCAACAUGUCCACAGACGCCGAAGCUAUCAAAAAGUACGGCGAGCCAACCGGAGCACAGAUUCUGGACCCUGCUGAUGUUGCAAACUCGAUUGUUUAUGCGCUGUCGCAACCAGCACAUGUUGCUGUUAAUGAGGUGUUGAUUGAACCUAGAGAUGAACCUAUUUAG